AAAAAAAUACGGGGCCAUUACCGCCUCGAGAACAAGCUGUCCUCUCCACGUCGUGUGAUAUCGCCUUACCGAACUGAGUCCGAUCCGUUUCUAUAUUGAUACAUUCAAACCGAGGGAAGAAAACGGCUAUCCAGAGUUCAGUAUUGAGGAAAAUAUGGAUGAGACUAUUGAUUCAGAAUCCGUCCUCGCUCCUGUGAGGGCCUCAUCGCCGUCCCCUUCCAUCCCAGCAACGCCUGCGAUCUCCUCGUGUCCAUCCCCUGACCGUACGUUCUCCACCAUUUCGUCCCUCUCAACCUCGUCCGCCACAUCCGCCGAUGCCAGAUCAUCGAUUUCGGCCUCUUCGAGACGACAUGGGUACAUCCGGCCGCAGGGAGCCGAAUUCGCCGAGUCGGCUAAGAAUCGCGAAAGUGUGAUGAGUCUGGGGAGCAUUGCCCACCUGCAGUACUAUUUCGCAAGAACCGGUCUGCUGGACGGCAAGGGGGGCCAUGCGCGCGAAUGGAAGAAAAAGAAAAAGCCCGAGGAGGAGCCUCGGCUACUAUUGACGCCUAAUGCUCGGUUCAUCGAUGAUUUGACAGAGAGCCCGACAGACGAAGACUGUUCGGAUAUUGGUGAGGAGGAUCUGGAAGAUGAGAUGAUGCUCCCGCCGACGGUGAGCACGUACAGCGUUAAGACGCAUCAUAUUCCGCCACCGCCGGAUGUGCCGGCGCUGAGGAGGGAUUUGCUAAAUGCGGUGGACAAGGCCGAGAAGAACAUUAAGGAACUGGAGACGCAGAAAGAGCCCCCGCCGGAGAUGGUGCCGCCGCGGAUCAGUGUAUCUCGAGAAGAUGCAGAAGUGAUUUCGCGGCCAGGCACGGGCAAUGGCCCGCCGGGAUGGCAUGAGAUUCAGGGCAUGCGCAUUCUGGAUGCGGUUACUCUUGCCAUCCGAGCGGCCAAGUUUUACUAUACGGCGCAUGAGCGCCCCGAACGGUUGGCUUCAAUCAAGCCCGAGCGAGAAAUCCGGCAGGAACUGUUUCAUGUUCUGGAGGUGCUGAAGCGGUGGGCCUCUCGCAAUUUUGCGGGGAUGCUCGCCAGAGAGGAGAGCCUGGAGGCCUUGGAAGCGAAAGAGCGCGAAGGAUGGGACUGGGCGAAAGGCGACUGGAGCGGGCGAGAACGGGAGCGAGAGGAAUUGUUCCUGCGCAGCUUGCUAGAAUCCGAUACACCCUUGCCAACCUGGACGUCCACCGGUGAGGGGACAUUGCCGACACCGAUCCUUGAACGACUGCGGGACGGCCGAGACCUCGUCCGCAUCCACAACCAGGCGGUCACGAAAUCCAAGCGACCAUUCGGCGAGAUCAGGUCGUACCAUCAAGACGUUGCCAAGCCAUAUCGACGUGCAGAUAAUCUUCGCUUCUGGCUAAAGGCCGCAGAAAUCCGAUGGGAGACGAAGCUGGAAAUGGACGUGAUGGGCGUUGUCAACGGUACCAGCGAUGAGGCCUGGAGGCAAUUCGACAGGGCUCUUUUGUCAUGGUGCCAGGCAGUCCGUGAAGAAUUGAUACGAGACUGGCGUGAGCCACACACAGCACCGGUCGCUGCAUGUACCCCGACUACUGAUAGUCAGGGAGGUGGCGAUCUUGCAUGACAUUACAGAUACUGGCAGUCAGACUGCAGAUUACAUAUACCGGCGCAGUGUUCCUGGGUUGAAAGGGAGGGGCAAGGGGCAUGGGAUGGAAUGAGUGGUUGAGUGGUACCACGUAUUGAGUUUCUCUGUUUGCUAUCCAUCAUUUAGAUACCCCUUACUUGUCGUCUUGAGCUUUUCCACAAUUUCAUUUCUGCAUACGCACUUGCUAUGUUCUACGAGUUUCAACUGCUGCUUGAAGCAUAUAUCUCCCUAUUGGUUGGCCAGCCAUUUUAGAAUCGGACUGGUUGCACGCUUGACUACCAUGGCCGUCAUCUCAUCCUCUGCGACGCCGGUACUUUAUGAGUUGGGCUAAAAUCCAACCACCUUGUUUUACGUCAUGGUUGACUGCUGGGUUGAGUUCCACGGUUGAAUGGAUUCUCUGACCGACCAAACUCUGCUCUGUUUAUUUACUUCGGGUGGAUUGGCUUUGGAGUCUGAUAAGUAGAUGGCCG